AAAGUGUGCGUUAUGUACACUUUUCGACUACUUUGUAUAUCUAGUGACUUUAAUAUGUCCGUAACCCGAUGUGGCCGCUCUCAGAUUUCUCUCUGUCUAGACACAGACGUUCAGGAAAAUCCAGCGAAAUGCGAAAAAAAUCAAAGGACGAUUCGCGUCGCGAAUCGCGAAAGAAGCAUAAAAGUCGAAAGAGGGAAUCAUCUACAUCAUCGUCCGAUUCGAAUAAGCUUAGCAAUAGCUCGUCAACAGAUUCAUCAAAUCAAUCGUCAGAUUCAACAAAAUUGUUAGAAAAGCUUCAAAAGCAGAGGCAGAAACAGAUUACGGAGCGUAAGCGCCAGAAGGAGUUGAUGAAAGCGACAGAAACGCCAGAGGAAAAGCGUCUACGUCGCCUGAAGAAAAAGGAAGCCAAGGAGCGCAGACGUAAAGAGAGAAUGGGCUGGGACAAUGAUUAUUUACAUUACACCAAUACAGAUAAUCCAUUUGGAGAUGGCAAUAUCCUCUCCUCUUUUGUAUGGUCGAAAAAAAUGGAAAAAGAGGGUUUGCUUGGUGUAGCUAGAGAGGAAUUGGAGACUCGUAACAGGCACAAGCAGGAAGAGAAUAAGAGAGAGUUGGAGAAGGUAAAGAAAAGGAGGCAAGAGAGAGAAUUGGAGCGGCAACAGAGGGAAGAAGAAAUGACUAUGUUACAAAGAGGCAAGGAGGCUGCACAAUUAGAGCAAUGGGCUCGGCAGGAGGAUCAAUUUCACCUCGAGCAGGCUAGAUUGAGAUCCCGUAUCAGAAUUCAAGAUGGUCGUGCGAAACCUAUUGAUCUUCUUGCAAAAUACAUCAGUGCAGAGGAGGAGGUUGAUGCGGUAGAAAUGCACGAACCAUAUACAUAUUUGCGAGGUCUGCAAGUGAAAGAUCUGGAGGAUCUCAUAGAGGACAUAAAGGUUUACAAGGAAUUGGAGAGAGGCAAAAACUUAGAUUAUUGGAACGAUAUAACGGUGAUUGUGGAAGAUGAACUGCAUAAGCUCAGAAAGCUGGAACGGACGGAAUAUGAAGUUGCUGUUGGUAGAAGAGAAGGAAUUCAUGAAUCAGUCGCUAAAGACGUUACGACCAUAUUUAAGGGCAAAACUGCAACUCAAUUGGAAUCUUUACAAUUGCAGAUUCAGGCAAAAAUUACGGGAAAGCCAGAAGGCGUCGAUAUCGGAUACUGGGAAAGUCUAUUGUCGCAAUUGAAAGCUCAUAUGGCAAGGGCACGACUUAGAGAUCGACAUCAAGAAAACCUACGUAAAAAGCUGGAGGUUCUGAUCGCCGAACAAGGUGUGGCUAGAGCGGAGAAUGAAGCUGAAAACUCGCAAGCGCAGGAGAGCGAGCCUUUGAUUAAGCAAGAUGAGCCUUCCACGAGUACAGCAGUUGACAAAAAUGAAAAUAGUCAAGAUGAUAAUCAGGAAACUAAUGCUGCCGACGAUCUGUUAUCCGAAUCCUUCCGCGAGUAUGAAGCGGGAUGCUACUCGCCGAGUUAUAUACUUUACUCGCAACUCGAGCCGGGUACACUCAUCACACAGGAGGACGAGGACAAUCAACGAUUGGAAUACGCGAGACAACAGGUGCUUAGCACCGGCAGAAAGAUUCAAAACGUAUUGACGACCGAAGAGCAAGCGAUGCAUCGGGAGGCGCGCAAGGGUAUGGGAUCGGACGAAGCUCAGUUUAGCGUCGAGUCGUCGUUGGAGGCCCAGAUUUAUCUCUGGUCCGACAAGUAUCGACCACGUAAACCGCGCUAUUUCAAUCGCGUACACACCGGUUUCGAAUGGAACAAGUACAACCAGACGCAUUAUGACAUGGAUAAUCCACCGCCCAAGAUUGUCCAGGGAUACAAGUUCAAUAUCUUUUAUCCGGACCUCAUCGAUAAAAAUACUACGCCAGAAUACUUUUUGACACCUUGUGCCGACAAUAAGGACUUUGCUAUCUUGCGAUUUCACGCGGGCCCGCCUUACGAGGACAUCGCGUUCAAGAUUGUCAACCGGGAAUGGGAAUAUUCGUACAAACGCGGAUUCAGAUGUCAGUUUCACAACAACAUUUUUCAGCUGUGGUUUCACUUCAAGAGAUACAGAUACCGCCGUUAAUGUAAAAUAUGUAUCAUUAU